GGAGGAGCCCGAGCAUCCCGGCGCCGGGGACAGCCGGAGAACGGGCGGCGAGGCUUCAUGGGCUGCUCACGCCACCAUGGUGCUCGCCCUCAACGGCAGCCACCUCUACGGUAACCUGCGGCCCCUGGUCCUGGAGGAGCCGCGGGCGCUGGGCGGCGGCAGGAUGAUCGCCGGCUCCUGGCCCCCGCGCAGCCUGGCCAAGCUCGGCCCGUCGCCCCCCCCGUCGGCGCUGCCCACGGCGAGCCCCCUCCCCGCCAACGACUCCCAGUGCGGGGAGCAGAUCCUCAGCUACGGCAGCGCGGAGAAAGUUCUCAUCGGGGCCGUGCUCUGCCUCAUCACCCUGCUGACCAUCGCCGGCAACUGCCUGGUGGUGAUCUCCGUCUGCUUCGUGAAGAAGCUGCGGCAGCCCUCCAACUAUCUCAUCGUCUCGCUGGCCCUGGCCGAUCUCUCGGUGGCCCUGGCCGUCAUGCCCUUCGUCAGCGUCACCGACCUUAUCGGCGGGGAGUGGAUCUUCGGGCGCCUCUUCUGCAACGUCUUCAUCGCCAUGGACGUCAUGUGCUGCACGGCCUCCAUCAUGACCCUCUGUGUGAUAAGUAUCGACAGCAGGGAGCGAGGCGAGUGCCAGCCCGCAGCCUCUCUUCCAGCCUCAUCCUUCCCCACUCUGUAUAUCAUUAAUCCUGUUGCACUCAGUAAGCAAUCCACACUUAUUUGGUACCUGGGAAUAACAAGACCUCUUACGUACCCUGUAAGGCAGAACGGGAAGUGUAUGGCCAAAAUGAUCCUGUGUGUCUGGCUUUUGUCUGCCUCUAUCACCAUCCCCCCGCUCUUCGGCUGGGCCCAGAACGUAAAUGACGAAAAGGUUUGUCUCAUCAGUCAAGACUUUGGCUACACCAUUUACUCCACAGCAGUUGCAUUUUAUAUUCCAAUGUCAGUGAUGCUUUUCAUGUACUAUCAGAUUUAUAAAGCUGCCAGGAGGAGUGCUGCUAAACACAAGUUUACUGGUUUUCCCCGUCUGGAAGAAAUGGAAGGGAUUUCUGUGAAUGGACUUGUAAAACUGCACAAGGAAUCUGAAGAAUGUACUAAUUUUUCACGACUCCUAAAGCAUGACAAGAAAAACAUUUCCAUCUUUAAAAGAGAACAGAAAGCUGCCACCACCCUUGGGAUUAUUGUUGGGGCUUUCACAGUCUGCUGGCUGCCUUUUUUCCUCCUCUCAACUGCAAGGCCCUUCAUCUGUGGUACAGCGUGCAGCUGCAUCCCACUCUGGGUGGAGAGAACAUUUCUAUGGCUGGGCUAUGCAAACUCUCUCAUUAACCCUUUUAUAUAUGCCUUCUUCAACCGGGACUUGAGGACAACCUAUCGCAACCUGCUGCAGUGCAGAUACAGGAAUAUCAACCGCAAACUCUCGGCCGCAGGGAUGCACGAGGCUCUGAAGCUUGCAGAAAAGCCAGAAUUCGUUCUGAGGAGUUCUGAUUUCUCCAGGGAAAAAGAAUCAUGACCAAAUGUGCUUCAAAGCAGCCAGAAAAAGUCAAGCCAGACCAGGAAGAAGAAAAAUGAAGAGUUGGCUUCCGAAGAACUGGAUAGAUUUAUAAAAUGUACUUCAUCUUCCUUUGAUGGGAGUGUGCUAAAAAUAUUCCAUGAGCUCAAUACAUUACGUUAGAAAUAUUUCUAUUGGAAGUACUCACAUCUUGUUUGUUAUGGAGGAAAAUGCUGUUACAUACAAAUGAAAAUAGUCUUCUGCCUGAGAAAGCCAAAUAAUUUCAGCAAUAAGUUUGACAUGGGGUGGAAGGAAUGCCACUAAAACUCAAAGAUAAAGCAUUGUACAGAUUUCCACCACAUUUAACUAUGUAGAAGAACAUUUGUAUGUUUACCAUGCUUGUGGAUCCCAACACUGGUAUUCAUAUUCAGGGAUUGUCAGUGAUACUGAAUGUAUUUUGCUGUACUAAAAAAAAGAGGUUUUCAGGCAAAUGCUGUCUCUGUGGAUGCUUUCAGAGCUUGUGUUAAAGAGAUGCUGUACACCUGCAAUGGGAUUGAGAAUGACA